AUGAAAAAAUAUAAAAUACAUGUGCGAAAUAAAACAAAAACAAAGCACUGUUUGUAAUUUUUUGUUAAUUAGGAAAAUAUUUUUUUAAAUAAUUUAAUAAUAUAAAAUGGGAGGAAAAGGAAAGAAAAGGAAAUUUGUUGGAAACCGCGAAGAUGACACAGAGUUUGACUUGACUAAAAAACAUCUAAGAACAGGCCAUAUCAUUUCAGAACAAAAGCGUUUAAUUAUUGUACUUGAAGGAGCACAGCUAGAAACUGUUAAGGUUGGAGGAGGUUUUGAACUAUUAAAUUGUGACGAUCAUGCAUCCAUAAUGAGAAAAAAUAAUAGGGAUCCAGGCUCAUGUAGACCGGAUAUAACACAUCAAUGUCUUCUUAUGUUAUUUGAUAGUCCACUUAAUAGAGCUGGUUUACUUCAAGUGUAUUUAAAAACUGAAAAUAAUGUUCUUGUUGAAAUAAAUCCACAAACUCGAAUUCCCAGAACAUUUAAACGGUUUGCUGGUCUAAUGGUUCAACUUUUACACAAAUUUUCUAUAAGAGCAAAUGAAACAUCAACAAAAUUAAUGAAAGUUAUUAAAAAUCCUAUUACAGAUCAUCUUCCUGUUGGCUGUAAAAAAUAUACAAUGUCAUUUACCGGUAAACUUGUAAAAAAUUGUAAAGAAUUUGCUCCCGAAAAUAAUGAAGCAAUUGUAUUUGUCAUUGGUGCUUUUGCACAUGGUAAUGUAAAUGUUGAUUAUACUGAAGGAAGUUUUUCAAUAAGUAAUUAUCCUUUAUCAGCUGCUAUAACGUGUACAAAACUUUGCAAUGCUUUUGAAGAAGUAUGGAAUAUAGUUUAAAUUUUUUUGUUAAUUUAAGAAAAGAAAAAAAAAAAAACAAUUUUUUAAGUUCAUACAAUUAGAAUUUAAGAUUUUGAAUAUUUGAAAUAUUUCUGGAUAAAAUGUAAAUUCAUAUAUGUAUGUACAUAUUUACAUGUGUGAAACAUAUUUUAUGUAAGUAAAUACGUAA